CAACUGUUGCAACUAUUUUGGUUUGAGUCUUCUCAAUUUUUAUUUAUAUAUAGAACAGGGCAGCAGCCGGUUGAAUUAUCUCACGCAGCGUGCUUGAUUUUCCCGCUAAACGUCUUCAACUGUAUCUGUGUGUAUUCGAGAGCGAUCGAGAAGUUUCUGGUGGUCGAAAUUUAGGCCAGAAGGCACAAAACCGAACUGUAUAAAAAUUGUGUAACCAUGACAAACACCAUCAACAGCGAGGAAGUGUCCGACGCAGGAAGCUUCAAAGAUAAGGGCAACGAGGCGUUCAAGGCCUCCCGCUGGGAGGAGGCAGUGGAGCACUAUGGCAAAGCCAUUAAGGUGGGCUAUAAGCACAAGGAGCUGCCGGUUUUCUAUAAGAAUCGUGCAGCCGCAUAUCUGAAGCUAGAAAAGUAUGAAAACGCCGUAGAGGACUGCACUGAAUCUUUGAAAGCGGCUCCGGGGGAUCCCAAGGCACUGUUCCGUAGAGCUCAGGCGUAUGAGGCUCUGGAGAAGUUCGAGGAAGCCUACAAAGACGCCACCGCUUUGUUUAAAGCGGAUCCCGGCAACAAAACCGUACAGCCCAUGCUCCAGAGACUUCAUGUCGUCGUGGAAGAGCGCUCUGCCCGUAAUGCCAAGACCUGCACAAAAGUCAAGCAGAUGAUGGAUCUUACUUUUGAUUUGGCCACGCCCAUCGAUAAGCGUCGCGCGGCAGCCAAUAACCUAGUUGUUUUGGCCAAAGAGCAGGCUGGCGCUGAACUGCUUUACAAGGAACAUUGCAUCGCCAAAGUGGCCUCACUAACCAAGGUGGAAAAGGAUCAGGACAUUUAUGUGAAUAUGGUGCAUUUGGUGGCAGCUCUUUGCGAAAAUAGCGUGGAGCGUACAAAGGGCGUUUUAACUGAACUCGGAGUGCCGUGGUUCAUGCGGGUUCUCGACCAGAAACACGAGAACUGUGUGUCCACCGCCCAGUUUUGUUUACAAACAAUAUUGAACGCUUUGUCUGGGCUUAAGAACAAACCCGAUUCGAAGCCGGACAAGGAGCUGUGCACUAGGAACAACCGGGAAAUUGACACUCUCCUAACAUGUCUAGUUUAUAGUAUCACGGAUCGCACGAUUUCCGGAGCAGCUAGGGAUGGCGUUAUUGAGCUUAUAACAAGGAAUGUCCACUACACGGCUCUGGAAUGGGCCGAACGCCUGGUAGAGAUCAGGGGUCUGUGCCGUCUUCUGGAUGUGUGCUCCGAACUGGAGGAUUAUAAGUAUGAGAGUGCAAUGAAUAUCACCGGCUCAUCAUCCACAAUUGCUUCCGUUUGUCUGGCCCGCAUAUAUGAGAACAUGUACUACGAUGAAGCUAAGGCAAGGUUCACGGACCAGAUCGACGAAUAUAUCAAGGACAAGCUUUUGUCGCCUGAUAUGGAAUCCAAGGUGCGGGUCACUGUUGCGAUUACUGCCCUGCUUAACGGUCCAUUGGAUGUGGGCAAUCAGGUUGUGGCCAGAGAUGGAAUACUGCAGAUGAUUCUAGCAAUGGCCACGACCGACGAUGAGUUGCAGCAGCGAGUAGCAUGUGAGUGCCUAAUCGCCGCUUCCUCUAAAAAGGACAAGGCCAAGGCUCUUUGUGAGCAGGGAGUAGACAUCUUAAAGCGGCUUUACCACUCCAAGAACGACGGUAUUCGAGUGCGCGCCCUGGUGGGUCUUUGCAAGCUGGGUAGCUACGGCGGUCAGGAUGCGGCCAUCCGACCAUUUGGCGAUGGAGCUGCCCUGAAGCUGGCGGAGGCAUGCCGUCGGUUUUUAAUCAAACCUGGAAAGGAUAAGGAUAUCCGUCGUUGGGCUGCCGAUGGUCUGGCUUAUUUAACACUGGAUGCUGAAUGUAAGGAGAAGCUUAUUGAGGAUAAGGCUUCCAUUCACGCUCUAAUGGAUUUGGCCCGCGGUGGAAAUCAGUCCUGUCUCUAUGGUGUGGUCACCACUUUUGUGAAUCUGUGCAAUGCGUAUGAGAAGCAGGAGAUGUUGCCUGAGAUGAUAGAACUGGCCAAGUUUGCUAAGCAACACAUACCGGAGGAGCACGAGCUGGACGACGUAGAUUUUAUCAAUAAGCGCAUUACUGUGCUGGCAAAUGAGGGCAUUACAACUGCUCUUUGUGCACUGGCCAAAACGGAAAGCCACAAUUCACAGGAGCUGAUUGCCAGGGUCUUGAAUGCGGUUUGUGGACUGAAAGAGUUGCGAGGAAAAGUGGUCCAAGAAGGAGGCGUUAAGGCGCUGCUUCGUAUGGCGCUUGAGGGCACUGAGAAAGGAAAACGCCAUGCUACCCAGGCGUUGGCCAGGAUUGGCAUAACCAUUAAUCCGGAAGUAUCUUUCAGUGGCCAGCGAUCGUUGGAUGUAAUCCGUCCUUUGUUGAACCUUUUGCAACAGGACUGCACAGCGCUGGAGAACUUUGAGUCGCUAAUGGCACUCACCAAUCUAGCCAGCAUGAACGAGAGCGUGCGGCAGCGGAUUAUCAAGGAGCAGGGGGUCUCCAAGAUAGAGUAUUAUCUGAUGGAGGACCAUCUCUACCUCACCCGUGCAGCCGCCCAGUGUCUGUGUAAUCUGGUUAUGAGUGAGGAUGUCAUUAAAAUGUUCGAGGGCAAUAACGACCGAGUGAAGUUCUUGGCGCUGCUCUGCGAGGAUGAGGACGAGGAGACCGCUACAGCUUGUGCCGGAGCUCUGGCCAUUAUUACUUCAGUGUCGGUCAAGUGCUGUGAGAAGAUCUUGGCCAUCGCCAGCUGGCUGGACAUUCUGCACACUCUGAUCGCCAAUCCCAGUCCGGCGGUCCAGCAUCGUGGCAUUGUGAUUAUUCUAAACAUGAUCAAUGCUGGCGAGGAGAUCGCCAAAAAGCUGUUUGAGACGGACAUUAUGGAACUGCUGAGCGGUUUGGGGCAGCUGCCAGAUGACACGCGUGCCAAGGCCCGAGAGGUGGCCACCCAGUGCCUGGCGGCGGCGGAGCGUUAUAGGAUCAUCGAGCGGUCCGACAAUGCGGAGAUCCCCGAUGUAUUUGCCGAAAAUGCCAAAAUAUCAGAGAUUAUCGACGAUUAAGCGAAAUUCGCUUGUAGUGCCUUUUGUUUCUCCUCCAUUUUAUCUUCUUUACUUUACUCACAGUGUCAUCGCGAAACUUAACUUAUUUUUUGAAAAUAUCAUAUGUACUUAACUGUUUUAUAAAUAUUGUUUGAAUUUAUUUUACACAG